UCUGAGUCUGACACACACUGAACCUGUAGGAUGGCUCCCACUGUUCUUCUGAUCGGCUGUCUGCUGGCCACAAUCAGCUGCUUAACCACAGUAGUGACUGGUCAAACUAGUAAUGUGACCUCCACCCCUGUAACCACACGACCUGGAGUGACCAAUGCAACAACCACAACUACCACUCAAACUCCUCUCCGUGGAAGUUGUGCAAGUCCAGAUCUGUGCUGCCCUGGAUAUAAUAGCAGCUGUCACCGCUUCAAUUGUUAUUGUGAUGUUGUUUGUCUGAGAUUUCGUGACUGCUGCCCUGAUUUCAAACCCACCUGCCUCGCAGUAAAUAACAGCACAAACCCAAACAACACUUUGCCACUAACAGGUUUCAAUAGCACAACUGCAGCCCCUCCCUUCAACUCCACUACAGCUCCUCCCUUCAACUCCACUACAGCUCCACCCUUCAACUCCACUACAGCUCCUCCCUUCAACUCCACUACAGCUCCUCCCAAAGGACUCACUGUUCUUGAGGUGAAGGUGAAGACGUUGUUGACUGAAGAAGAGCAUCAGGCUGCACUGCUUCAGGUGAGAGGAGCGUUUCUGACUGUUUGUCUGCGUCCUGUUCACAUACUUGCACUUCAUGCUAAAUGUACUUAAAAUGUGCUUAGUUUUAGGUAUGUAAUACAAAGUAUACAAGUGUUUGGACAAACUAUAAAACAAAUCACUA